GGGGACACUGAGGGGACAUUGAGAGGACACUGAGGGGACAUUUAAGUGACAUUUAGGGGACACUGCGGUGACAUUUAGAUGACACUGAGGGGACACUGAGGGGACAUUCAGAACCCCCCCGGCCCCCCCCAGCUCCCGGCAUCUCUUUCCCGGCACCACCGGCGGGGGCGGCGCUGCCGUUCGGCGCCUGCGCCACCGGAGCCUCCGCCGGUUCCACCCGGUGCACUUCGGGGUGUCCCCCCCCUCCCCGGAACCCCCAAACCCACCGGAACCCCCCCAAAUCCGAGCGAUGGGCUGAGCGCGCCGGGCUGGGGGUGCAGGAGACAGAGACCCCCCCAAAAAAACCCCCCCGGGGGUCACCGAGAUCCCCCCGGUGUGCCCCGGGCCCGGUGGGAGCGGCGGGAGCAGCAGGUGCCACCAUGGCGUCGUUCCGCAUCCGGCAGUACCAGGAGCAGGACUUCGAGGCCGUGCGGGCACUUUUCGCCCGCGGCAUCCUGGAGCACGCCCCGGCCGCCUUCCGCCACGUGCUGCGGGCGGCGCGGGUACGCCUGGCACUGCUGGCGGUCUUCGUGGCGGCGCGGGCGGCCGCCGGCUCCUGGCUGCUGGGGCUGGGCGCGGUGGCACUGGCGUUGGCACUGCUCUGGGUGUUGGUGCGCUCGCUCAGCGCUGAGUACGUCCGUGAAGCGCUGGGCACCGACCUGUGCGAUGUGCCUGGUACCUACCAGCGCCCGCCCGACCGCCGCUUCUGGGUGGCCGAGGAGGGUGGCACUGUGGUGGGCAUGGUGGCGGCGAUGCCCGCGGGCCGUGGCGAGCUGGAGUUGAAGAGGAUGUCGGUGAGCCGCGAGCACCGGGGCCGUGGGAUGGCACGGGCGCUGUGCCGGGAGGUGUUGGCCUUUGCCCGUGCCCGCGGUUAUGGUGCCGUGGUGCUCAGCACCUCCAUGGUGCAGGUGGCAGCGCAGCGGCUCUACGAGGGGCAGGGAUUCCGCAGGGUGGGCACCUCGUACCCGUCGCUGCUGGGCACGCUGCUCAACUUCCAGAUCUUUCAUUAUCGCUGUGAUUUGGGGGAUGGAGAAAAGUAGGGAUUGGGUGGUGGUGACGUGGUGACGCGGCAACGGGAUGGAGGGUUUGGUGUGGCACCCGAACCCUGGCACCGCUCUGGCACCCCAAACCCAGCCCCGGGAUGCAACCCCAUCGCUCCGACCCCACUCCUGGCACAGCAGCAGUGGCACAGCGCCGCGAUUCCAGGACAUGGAGCAGCCCAGCCUGGCACUGCCUGGGCAUGGUGACACCAGGACGUGUGGCACCACCUUGGCACCCCAGCCUGGCACUGCCUGGGCACGGUGACACCAGGACGUGUGGCACUGCCUUGGCACGGUGACACCAGGACGUGUGGCACCACAUUGGCACCCCAGCCUGGCACGGUCUUGGCACGGUGACACCAGGACGUGUGGCACCGCCUUGCCACCACAGCACUCCAACCCUGGCACAUGAAGCACCGCCAUGGCACCCUCAAUGCCCACCCUGGCACAGGGAUCACCUCCCUGGCCCCUCCUGGAUUUCCAGCGGCCGGAAAUAAAGAGAGACCUGUGGGAA